CGCUAUGGGAGACGAAAUAUAGGAAGUAAAUUCCAGAUCUUGCCGUGGUGUUUUGAUAGCUCGAAUUGGUCGAGGAAAAGAAUUUCCUCCUUUUGAGGGUUUCGUGCUUUUUCUACCGUUGGUUCUAAGCGGUUUUGGACGCGAAUAGCCGACUCAGCUAGCUGCUAGGCUAACAUUACGUACCGUCAAACUGACAAGGUAACGAUAGUGAGAGUCCAUGAGCCGAAGUCGAAACCCUCCUCCCCGGGGACAAGGGGCAGCACGAGCCAAACAGAUGGGGCUGCUCCUUGACCUGUCUCCGGAUGGAGGUAUGAAUGAUGAUGGAAACGAUGAAGACCUUGAAGCAGAGCUGCUGGGUCUGGUGGGAGGUGGAGGAGGGAGAUCUCAGGGGAAGAAAGGUGAAGGCAGAGCUCCUGUUCCCAUGGCUGAAAUAGAGCAGAUGGCCGCCCUCUGUAUGAAAGACCUGGAUGAUGAGGAGUUAGAUGAUGACGAUUUGGAUGAUGAUGAUCUGCUGGCUGAAUUGAAUGAGGUUUUAGAGGAUGACGAGGAUGAAACUCCUGCUCCCACCCCUCCUGCCGUCACACCAAAUGCUCCCAAAGUGAGCAUCACAUCCCACUCUUCUCCACCUGCCGCUCCUAGUGGUGCAUCAGGGGUAGAGCACCGUCUUUUGGAGCGUAUUGAAAAUUAUACCAUCGCCAUAUCCAAUGCCAAGGCUGCUGGGGAGAACAGCAAAGUUCGGAGAUAUGACCGUGGCUUAAAGACACUGCAGUCCAUGUUGACAUCUGUCAGGAAAGGAAAACCAAUCAAUGAGGAGGAGAUGCCGCCUCCUGUUGCUCUCGGUGGAAAACCCAACACAACAGCUGAGUCUGCAACGAUCAAGGAACAAGUACUGCCAGAACCAGCACUGAUGCCCUCUCCUCCCACAAAUCAGAAACCACUCAGGGAGGCUGCACCAGAAGCUCCAAAUUCCAAACCAGUCCAUCUGACUCCACCCCAAAAACCUGCCACAGCCAUGACCCCAGAAACACCCGCCAUCUCUCCACUCACCCCCAGCCAGCCGGACACACAGCACUCAGAGCUCAAACAGGCCGUGUUGUCCAGACAGAGAGAGUAUAAGCUGGCUGCUAUACACGCCAAACAGAGUGGAGACAUUGAGCUGGCUAAACAGCACUACCUCACAGCCAAGAAGCUUGACCUGCUGGUUGAGGCCGUGGAUAGAGAUGAACCAGUAGACCUGAGCUCGCUACCUCCUCCUCCUGGAGAUGUAGUAGCAGAACACUCUGCACCUCCUCCUCAGUGUUCCUCUAAACCCGCUGCACCCGCUGCUCCUGCACCUGCACCCACCCAGGUGUCCACAGCCGACCUUCCUGCUCCCAGCAGUUUGGCAGAAGCCCUGCAGCAGAGGAUGGACAUUUACAAGUCGGCAGCAGAGGGUGCCAAAACCAAAGGAGAUGAUCGGAAGGCUCGCAUGCACCAGCGCAUUGUCAAACAAUACCAAGAUGCCAUUCGAGCUCACAAAGCUGGACGACCUGUCAGCUUAUCCGAUCUACCUGUGCCACCAGGCUGUCCGCCACUUCAGGGCUCAGAGGGGGGCCAGCAGAACUUCAUGGGCGUCCUGGAAACAGCUAUGAAAAUAGCCAAUCAGGAUGCAGACGGAGAGGACGAGGAAGAGGAAGGGCAAAAAGAGAUGGCAAAGCCUGCAAUGCGUCCAGCCGUUCAGAAAGCAAAGUCCCCGGCUCCCCAGGCCCCUGGGGGCACUGCAGCUGUAAAACUGGGACCUAAAGCUCAGCAGCAAGUGGAUUUCCUGUUGCUACGGCGACAAUCUUUUUUGCGAGCAGCGCUGCGCUCCAAACAGAUGAAGGACAUGAGUGGAGCAGCACACCACCUCAGACAUGCAAAGGGACUGGACCCCAUGAUCUCUGCUGCCAAGUCUGGCCUACCUGUUGAUAUCACCAAGAUUCCCAGCACUCCAGUUAGUGAGGAGGACUAUUCCCUGGCUCGAUCUCGUUCCUCUCCUCUCUCACCUCGCUCCAGUGAACAGUACCACGGCCUCAUGGAUCUUAUGCGGAAGCAGCAUGAGAAAUGUCUGGGAUACUCUCAACAGUUUACUCAGAUGGGCAGUGUUGCUGAGGCUCUGAAAUUUGAGAAACUUUGUGAGGAAUGUAUGAAGAGCAUUGAGAUACUGAAGAAUGCCCAUGCCAAGGGCCAGCCAGUCCCCAAGUGCCGCACAGAGGAGAGGACCUUCAACACUGUCAAGAUCUACUCUAACCUGACACCCAAUGAGCUGAUACUGUUCAUCAUCAGAGGCAUAAACCUGCCAGCUCCCUCAGGUGUCUCACCCAACGAUCUGGAUGCCAGUGUGAAGUUUGAGUUUCCCUUCCCCAGUGCGGAGGAGGCUCAGAGGGACAAAACCAGCACAGUGAAAAGCACCAGCAGUCCAGAGUUUAAAGAGCAGUUCAAACUCAACAUAAACCGCGCACACCGAGGCUUCAAACGAGUCAUCCAAUCCAAAGGCAUCAAGUUUGAAGUCCUUCACAAAGGAGGCCUGUUUAAGACAGACAAAGUAGUGGGAACUGCUCAGCUGAAGCUAGAAGCCCUGGAAAACCACUGCAGUGUUAGGGAGAUCAUAGAGGUGAUGGAUGGGCGUAAAGCUACGGGUGGCAAGUUGGAGGUGAGGGUGAAAAUCAGAGAGCCUUUAACAGGAGUCGACCUUCAACCGGUGACUGAGAAGUGGCUCGUCCUUGAGCCUGUGUCCUCCCUCUCUCCUCCAGAGAGACAAAAGGAACGGGCUCCAUCUCCGCGGUCCAAGCCCAGGCACGAAGCGAGCAGCAGGAGCAGCCAUCCUAACAACUCUCCACCGCAGUAUAAACUCCACAGCUUCAGCCUCCUCAGCUAUGACAGGGAGCGGCUGGAGAGAAAGCUUGCAGAGUACAAAAAGGCGCGACGGGAUCCCCCGUCUGACCUCAUCCAUCAAUACAAAGAGGUCACACACAGACUGCAGUGGCAGAAAUCACAGCUGGAGAGAGGCUCUCCUGCUCUGCUCACAGAGUAUGAAAACGUGCUGCGGCGUUUAUCACAAGGACUUUCUGAUUCGAUAAAGAAAUUCUCCAGCCAAGGCAACAGGGAUGCUGCCAAGGAUUGCCUGGGCAGACUGAAGAUGGUGGAUAGUGAGCUUGAAUCUUUGAAAAGGAAACGCACUGGAUGAGACGAUGAAAGGGAGUGGAGAUUUGGCUGGAGUACUGUUAUAUCAUCCCUCCCUCUACACUACACUACAGCGGCUUCUUUAAGAGCCUUCAGCAUGAUUUGAUGCCGUUCAAUGACAACUGCAUGACCCAACCUGAUGAUUCUGUCUGUAAAUCUUACAGUAUAGCCUGUGUCGCCUGUGGUUAGUCACCUGCCACACUCAUUAUAAUGAAUCUGUGAUUAUGAAGGGACACAGCUCUUUAAACAAGCAUUAAAAUUAAAGGAAGGCUUAUUUGCACUUAAACACGACUAACACUACAGGAAGCUGCUUUGACAGUUGACUUUACUGACCUUACUUGUGCUCUAUUAGUUUCUUUUCAGAUUAUUUAAAACUAAAGUUUUACAUUUGGCACUAGCUCACAGAGCUGUAAGGAGGCCAGAGAUGACCAAAAACUCUGUGUGUGCAUGUAUGUGUGUCUUCUGAAGUGUGUUUAACCAAUGGACAGAGGUGAUUUUAACCCCUUUUCCCAUAUUUUAUGUGUGUAAUGAGCUUAAUCUAAUCUGUCUGCUCCAGUGUUCCCAGAUUACAGUAAUCUGCUCCGUUUGGAGUGAUGUGAUAUGGGAAUAAAAAAAAAACGGGGCUUCGGGGCGCUGCAGCCUACAUCCCAUAAUGAGGGAUUAGUGUUUGUGUCACCAAGGAGACGACUAGAUCAGACGCAGAGUCGCCUUUGGGGCUGGGGAGAGGGGGUGUUAAUGGCGUGCCAUGAAUUUGGUGAAGGCUUAGCUCAGCGAGAGGAUUGCUUCCUCGUCUUCUUCUUCAUCAGCUGUUUCUUCUUUGUUGUCUUCUCCAUCUUCACUUUCUUCUUAUUAAUUCCUCUGCAUUUAUUCAUAGAUUAUUCUGAGUCAUGAGUAAGAGACCGCUCAACUUGGAUUUUCUUUAAACUCUUAAAGUCCACUGUACUGCCAGUUUAGAAAAUAAUUAACAGCUGCUGCGUCAGUCAGCUGCUAUUUUCCACAGAUCUUGGCUGAUGUGAGACCAGAUUGUGUCCCAAGGAACUCUCCAGUGGCAACAUACUGAAUAUUCUUCCCACAAGAAGACAACUUAAUGUGUGUCUGUAAGGCUGGGUAAUUGCUCAUUUCUAUUUUCUAUUCCCCCACAGACAUCUCUGCCAUAACUAUCCUCCUCAUUCCUCUCUACUUCUCUAUUUUUUCUCAGAUUGUGUGGUACAUAAUUCAGAUGAAUCAAGCUAUAAUAUGUUAGAAAUGCACUUGUCUUGUUAAAAGUAAAGGGAGAUUUACUUAACCAUUACUAUGACUAAUAUGUCACAUAAGUGCCCUUCUUUGUUGGGUAAACAAAACAUGCUAACCUGAUACUGGUGAUCUGUGUGUAUUUCAUGCAGCCAGGAUCUAGCAGACUAUUUCAAAUGAGACUUGCUGUGAUUUUUUUCUCCACAUGUAGUUUUGUGGGCAAGUUACACAGCAGGGGAUAUACAGCAUGUGUUUGCUCUAAUCUACCAACUGCAUCACCCCAUUAACAAAUAAUCCGAGCUAAAGUUGACCUGAUACUACCCUCUAAAGACCCCUCCCCCACACCAAUUUUUCAUCAGCAUUUCUCACUUUUUUAUGCUUUCAUUCUACUUACAGGCUGUUUUAGUUUGACAGCCCAUGGUGGGGCAUAUAAAGAGGUUUUAGUUGUAAUGUAAGGUGGCAUUUAUGGGAUUAUAGGAGGCUGACUGCAGGUUUUGGCUCCCUUAUGACAAGUCAUAUACACUCUAGAGUUACACUCCAAAUUCUCAUCACAUGCUGCACGGUUUUAGAUUAAGUAAAUUGUCCUUAAUGUUCCAGGAAGCUAUUACUUUUUAUUCAUGUCCAUGCUGCAUGUAUCACAUAGGAGACAUGCUCAAGUUUGGACCAAUCAUUUGGCCUCCAGACUGUAACUCAUCACAGUAAACAACAAGUCUUUGCUAAAAACUAUCAGUGUACUUAGCAGUUUAGAUUUCACAAAGCUUUAUUAGAACAACUUUGGAUUUCUUUUUCUGGAGAAUGUAUUGCAUUCACUUGUGAAAGGACAAAAAUCUGUUAUCGAUCUUGUAAGAAAUCUUUUAUUUAAAAAUCUGCUCUUUUCUGAAUAAGCAAUCCUGGGAUUAAUAUUUUGUUAAUGUAGAAAAAAGAGGUUCUUAUUUUGUCAAGGGAAUUCAAUACUAGACUCUUAGAGAUAAAGACAAUGCAAUUUUAAUUAAAUAAAAGGUUUUAAUCAAAUGUGGUCUCUAAUAUACCAGAAAAAAAUUUACUCAUACUUCAUUGCAUUAUGAAAUGCAGCAAAGAACCUCAAAUCCCUUUGUCAUUCCUACCAACCCUUUUAGAUAUAAUGUUAACUUUACACAUAAGACAAAAAACACACAAAACUUCUUUAAGCAGCUACCUUAACAAAAACUUUGACAAUGAGAUGUUGAUCUAAUUAACCAUCAGCUUUAUGUAUGGGUUUUUCAGAGUAAACAUAUUCAUUGUACAGGGUUUCAUUUGGUGCCAGCUCUAAAUGAUUUUAGUAAAUAGACUCUAACCUGUGGCAUGUAGCGUUCACAUGUUUUAAUACCGUUAAAUGCACACAAAGUGCAACCUGCCUCUUUCACUCCCAAACCUUUAACCCCGUUUAACCCCAAACACACACUCCUGCCACAUCACCCCACUGCUCGGUUAACCUCAUGGCCUCCAAGGCUGCCCCUUUGUCAUGGCAACGAGCUCAUCAGCAUGCAGAGCAGUAGUUUGGGUGGUCGGGACCAAGGGAGAGGUAUUCGCUAAAGUUUGUACUGCUGGUGACUUUACUCCUGUCUAGCAUUUACAACACAUCAAACACUCCUUUUUAUCAUUCACCUUUUUAACUGUUUGCCUCAUCUCUUUUUUCUGUCUUUGACUUUUUCUCUUAUUUUAAUGAAGAAAGUUUGGUGGAUCAGGUACUUUUUCAGCUGCAGCGCUUAAACGUGCUAAUCUGGGAUGGGGCUAAAAAGCUAUGGUUUUACAUAUGACAUUUUUGUAGUCUGUUGAUGAAUGUCAUGUAAGGGCAAUCAGUAUAAAUGAAUAUUUAUAUACAGUAAAUAUACAGCAUUAUAUGCUCUGUCUCUAUUUUUAAGUGCAAGCCAUGAUGAUUUGUGCAGCUCAAAGUGGGAAUGUGUGCAGGCCUGAUAGCCGAGGCUCUGUAUCUUAUGUAUAAGGUUGUGUUAACAUUAAUAAAAU